AUGCAGAUGUCCCUGAUCCUCGCCCUUGGCUUGGGCAAGGCCGUCAUGGCCGUCCAUCUGGUCGGGAACGGCACCGCCACCGCCAAAUACCCCGUCUCCAUGCCCGAGACUGUUGGUGAGUUCAGCCUCGUGGGCUGUGCAGGUGACGAGGCCGACUUUGCCCACUACAAAAAGGUUGCCAAAUCUGAGCACAUGUCCCUGGACCUGUGCGCUGCUAGCUGCCCGUCCAAGUACUUUGCUACCCAUAAAGAUGAGUGCUACUGCGCGGACGACGACGCGUCUUCCCACUUGACCCAGAGCCCCCGCGAGCACUGCGUUCUUCCCUGCCCUGGCAACGACCACCAUGCUUGCGGCGGUGACCGCGGCAAGCUCUGCACCGUAUACAGCCGCAAGGACAAGCCCAAGUAUGAGACCAAGAUUGAGACUCACGUCCACACCGUGACGGCCUGCCCCUCGACCGUUGUGCACUGCCCUUCCGAUCCGCACGUCACCACGCAGACCAAGACGAUCACCACCGAGAUCUGCCCUGACCCCGAGUGGCACAAGAAGAAGAUUGUCUGCUACGGCCCCCACUGCGCGCCCGAGUAUCCUUGCAAGGGUGAUGACUGCCACAAGGACCGCGUCGUCUGCCGCGGGGACCACUGCUGGAUCGAGCCCUGCGGCCCCGGCGACGACUGGAGCAAGCUCGUCAUUCACAAGGGCGGUGAUAACUGUGACUACGCCACUGGCUGCCUGGACGGCGACUGCCACAAGAAGAUUGUCUGCUACGACGGCAAGUGCGUAAUUGAGCACUGUGUCGGCGAUGAGUGCUCCAAGAACCUCAUCUGCGACGGCGCCGACUGCCACUACGCCAGGUGCGACGGCGACAAGUGCCACCAGAAGCUGAACUGCCCUCACGGCAAGGACUGCACUGUUAUUGUUCCCUGCGACGGCGACCUGUGUCCCAAGCCCUCUCCUUCCAGGCCCAGCGACCCCGUCAUCACUGCCGCCCCCGGACGUAAUAACGGUGGUGACUAUGGCUACAAUAGUGGCAACAAUGGCAAUUAUAAUGGCAACAAGGGCGAUGACCCUGGCAGAUAUGGCAACAACAACGGCGAUUACAAUGGCAACAAUGGCAACAAGGGCGAUGACCCUGGCAGAUAUGGCAACAACAACGGUGGUAACUACGGCACCAAGACUGGUGAUUACAAUGGUAAUCAUGGUGGUAACUACGGCGGCAACAACGGCAGCAAUGGUAACAACUAUGGGAACAACUAUGGGAACAACGGCGGCUAUGGCAAGCCCGCCCCUGGCGGCACUGUCAGCGGCACGGGUGCCCCUCGCCCUACUCUUCCCCCCAUGGUUGGUGGUGCUGAGCGCAACGGCGUCAAAUUCGUCGGCGCGCUCGCGGGUCUUGCCCUCCUUCUAUAG